CCUGCUCUCCCGUUUCUCUCUCAACCCCACCUCCCCCUCUCUGCCAUUAUUGCCCGCGCAGCCAUCCUCUCUCCCUCCCUCGCCGCCCUCGCUAUAUGGGGUCCUGCUCCUCGCCUCCUCACCCACUCCUCCCACCUCGCCCUGCUCCCGUCGCACGCGCGCGCGCUCGUGAGCCGAGCUCUCCGCCUCGCCCUCGCACGUCCACGCCCGCCCACCACCGUUCCUGGUUUCCACCUCGCCGCGAUAUACACCGCCACCGCUUCCUCCUCAGCGUUACGCUUCGCUAGUGCCGAGCGCUGGGACUCGUUAUUAGGCCGGCGGUCGUGGGAGGGAGGUACUACUACUCUGCUAGCCGCCGGCACAUGUGAGGUGAGGCCGAUGGGGGAGGAGGCGGCGGUGGUUGUGGAGCCGCCGCGGCCCAAGUCGCCGCCGAGGUACCCGGACCUGUGCGGCCGCCGGCGGCUGCAGCUGGAGCUCCAGAUCCUCAACCGCGAGGUCGACUUCCUCAAGGAUGAGCUACAAUCGCUUGAAAGAGUUCCACCAGUUUCUAGAAGCUGUAAAGAGGUAAAUGAGUUUGUUGGUACUAAACAAGACCCCCUACUACCAAUAGAGAAAAAGAGGCACAGAUCCUGCCGUCUUUUUUGGUGGAUCAGAUCAAAAUUGUGCAUAUGCGUGCCAUGGAUCUGCUGCUCCUUCCAGUGCUUGCCGAAGUGCAAAAGACCAAGUUGCUUCUAUUGUUCAUGUUGUUCGUGCCCAGAUGUGUCAUGCUGCAAGCCGAGCUGCAAAUCAUGCAACAAGCCAUGCUGCGGACCGAACAGCUGCUCGUGUUGCGAUGUGUCUUGCUGCAAACCCGAUUGCCCAUCCUGUAGUCCGAGCUGCAGCUGCAAACCAAGCUGCGGUUCGUGUUGCAUUACGCUAUGCUGCAAACCAAAUUGCGGCUCGUGCUGCCAAACAGGCUGCAGCUGCUUCAGGCUUCCCUCAUGCUGCAAGUUCCAGUGCAGCAACUGCUGCACCUGUACCCUGCCGAGCUGCUCCGGCUGCAACCCCUGCGGCGGUUGCCAGGGGUGCUGCUCAUGCCCCAGCGACUGCAAGCCAAGCUGCGGCUAUUUCGGCUCGCAAUGUUGCAGCUGCGGGGAGUGCGGCUCCCGCACCUGCUCCGGCUGCUUCAAGUCCUUCAAGUGCUCGAACCUGUUCGGGGGCUGCUGCUCCUGCAAGCAGUGCUUCAAGUGCCAGUCGUCGUGCUGCAAGGGGCCGCCGUCCUGCUGCAAGUGCCAGUCCUCGUGCUGCGAGGGGGAAGACGGGAGCAGCUGCUGCUGGAGGCCGUGCUGCAGCGUCCCGAAGCCGUCGUGCACCGGGUGCUCGUGCGGGUGCGUUUGGUCGUGCAGGAAGUGUACAGAAGGGUGUCGAUGUUCCGGGUGCCGGAAUCCGUGCUGUGCCACCGGAUGCUUGUGCUGAAGUUGAAUUAGAUGUUUUCCUAUUGCUUCUUCUUCUUUCCGUGCUUGUUCGUACUUUGAUAUAUGGUGUGCUGCUUUUCCUGUAAAGAAAUGCCAAAUCCUCAGAUCAAAUUGAAGCGUCAAUAGUCAUCGCGUA